AUGGCGCGUGGACGUAAUCACAAUCGUAAUCGAAAUCAACAGAAUCAAAGUACUCAGCAGCAGCUACAGCACCAGCACCAGAAGCCGAAACAUUUAAUUUAUCAACAACAGCAGCAACAGCACCCUCAGCUUUCAGGCUGCCAAAUGCAGCAAAUGCAAUCAACAAAUGCCUCCGAUGCACCUGUUGCCGUCAUCUAUCAAGAGGCUGGUAGCGGCAAUGAUGAAGCAGAGAUAGGCGGCAUUAAUGGUGGCAACCAACACAUUUCAGAUCAACCCCAUCAUACACCCUCCACAAAUGUGUCUGAAAGUUAUGGCCAUAAUAAUAAAAGUAAUAAUUAUGAAAACCAUGAUGAUGAUCGUUCUGACGGCCAUAGUAAUGAUGUUCCUGCCGCCAAUGUCAUCCCUUCCCCUGCCGAUAGUAGCGAUGGAAUUGCCAUUAAAACACACCUUGAAAUGAACGGCGACCCCUCUACCACUACCACUGCUACACACACUUAUCAAAUGACUAUGUCUAAUAAUAGCCAUACAGAUUUUAGCCAAAACAAAAUAAACACCACUGGCCAUAAUACUCUUCCUACUCAGCAACAAGACGCAAGUAAUUCAGCCAAAGAGCAUAUGCCUCCACUGCCCACGGAAAAUACUAAACAAGAAGAGAACAGCGGGAGAACAUCGUCAUCGCCAUCAUCAUCGUCAGCUCUUCAGCCAAGAGAAGAGUCUGAGCAUGAGAGAGAUGAGCAGAAUUUGAGUAAUAACAGCGGCCAUAGUGAGCAAUAUCGCAUUAAUCGUUCUCCGGUCAUCGAGCAUAGCGUUAGUAGUGUGAUCGCAGCACAAGUAACGCAGAAUAACGAUCAGCGUUUAGCGAACAAUCGUGAUGGUCAAUUGAAUCAGGUAACAACGGUAUGUGAUCAAAAUCGCGUUAAUCAAACAACAACAACAGCAACAACUUCGACAACAAUGGGUCAAAAAAAUACCAAAGGUGGUGAAAUGUCACCAUCGUCAAGUUCCGCUCAUUUACGGGAAUUUCGCGAAUCAUCGUUACCACCGCAAAACAACGGCAACAAUAAACAACAAUCACCCGGUUUGCCCACCAUAACCGUGUCAGAUUGUAGUACCGCCACCACCAAUACAACAACGCCAUUAUAUCCCCAGAAUACACCACGAGGAUAUUAUGAUCUUGAACAAAAUAAACAAGAGUUCAAUGAUCACAACAACAGCAAAACCUCUUAUGGCACCAACAAAGAAUCCGAGGGAGGCCCCAAUGGUGCAUCUUCGUUAUCAUCAGGUUCAACAUCAUCAUCAUAUCGUUCACCGUCACCAACGUCAAUGUACUCGCAAAUGCGUUAUAAUUAUGUGAAACUAGAAGAUGUACCCGAACAAGAGGAAGAAGAAUAUGAGGAAGAUGCCGACAACGAUGAUGACACUGAUGAGGGCAAUGAAACCGAUGAAGGUGCGGCAGCAAAAACACAACAGCAAAACAACAAAUUUACAGCAGCACAACAUCAUGUCGCCACUGCCAGCAACCUUGACAAUGAAUUUCAGCAACGUAAAAACUCAGCAUCGCUUAGUCCAGAUCGCCAGCGCUAUGCCCACAGCAUUGAUAUUAAUCACAGCAAUAAUAGUACGGAUUCUAAUUUAAGCACCAGCUAUCCCGAUUCGGGUAUGGGUGAAUCGAUUGCAUCGACAAAUGGGCGCAGUUCUACAACACCAACAAUGUCACACCAUAUGAAACACCAGCAACAACAACAAUACCACCACCAACAGCAUUUCAUACGAGAUGGCAGUUCCACCGAUUGUGAUGAAACUCUAACACAUUGUGAGGAGCUAAUUGAUUUUGUCGAUACAACAACAGAAUUUCUCGAUCCCAAUGAACGUUUGGUGUGCAUCGAAAGUAUUAGCCUACCAGAUGUUGUUGUCGAGUCAACAAACUCUUGUGGCAAUACUUCAUCAUCGUCGAAUCCCUCCUCCUCCUCGUCGUCGAAUAAUGCCACCUCAGAUUCAGCCUCAGGUGAAGAACGUGAUAUUAUUAAUAUUAAUGGCGCCACCGGUAAUGCCAUGGGCAAUGUUCAUUUCAUACCCAUACAUGUGGAGGGCAGUGGCAGUGGCGGUCGCACAUCGCCCAGGAAACAAAGUGUAGACGACAGUGUUGUUGGCAGUGGCAAGGCAACAAUUGAAAUAAUCGAAGAUGUCACCGAAUUGCACCCAUUCAACAAUAAGAAUGAUUUGAAAGCUGAACAUUUGAAGUAA